ACUUUGACUUCCGGUGUUGAAAAAUUAAAAACUAAAUUACUGGUAUUUUACUGGUAUUCAAGCUAAGUUUUACUGGCAGAACCAAGAUGUCAAUUGAAAGGGUUCCAAAGCUCAGUUGGAAUCUCAACUUUGUGCUGAUUAUCGCAGUGUGUUUGGUCUCAAAACGGUAUGGAGAUUUACGUCAAGGUUACCAUGAGACUUUGACUCAAUAUAAAGAGCUCAAGGAAGAAACUCGGAAACUUUUGUUGAAAUAUGAGUCGUCGAAGAAUUUUUCAUCCGAUAUUGAAAAUUUCAUUUCUGAAUUCCUAACUGUAAGAACUAAAAAUGAUAGCAAUGAUGCUAAUGAAGCAGAGGAUGAUACACAAUAUUGCAUUAAUGAAGAUGACGGUAUAGAAAAAAAGAAUUUGAUUUUACAGUACGAAGGAUCCUCAGUCUGGUGUAGUGGCGACAAACACAGUAAUCGCCUUUGUCACUUCAAGAAUCUCUGCUAUAUGCCUAACCAUGAUGAAUUUGUGUUCUUACAUAGUGAAAAUAGUGUGUAUUUUGGAUUACCUAGUGAUAGAUAUAGUCCAACAUUAUUAGAGACGAUAUCCAUCAAGAAUCACUCCUUGGGAUAUUUCAACUACAUUGAUUUACCGUCAACAGCAGUGAGCAACAUUGAUGUGGAUUUCACUUCCGGAGAUUCCCUGUUAUUUAAAAGAUUUAAACCUGAUAACCAUAUGCAUAUUUUUCACGAUGAUUUACUUCCAUUAUUCAACUCUCUAGCUCUCGCGACAAACACAAGCUAUAAAAAUGAAACAUUUUUAGGCACUAAUAUUGUGUUUAUCGAUCACCAUGGUGUUGAUAUUGAAUGGUCAAAUGAACUAUAUAGCAUCUUCACAAAUCGGGAGAUUAUUUACAGAAGGAAUUUGUCACAAACGAAAUCCAUGGUAUGCUUCGAACAUGCAUACAUAGGACUUGCUAAAUCUACCACAUGGUACCAGUAUGGAUUUAACGAACCUCAAGGACCAUCAGGAAAUCAUGUAACUUCUGUUGAAAUAAAGCAGUUUACAAAUUUUGUGAAAACGCAACUUGAUAUAAAACCAAGAGUGUCCGAUUACCUUGUAUUAAUCAGUAGAAAAUUCAACAGAAAGAUUUUGAAUGAAAAUGAAUUGAUUCAGAAUUUGGUGACAACUUUCCGAAUGAAAGUCAUUUCUUUGAGUGUUGAAACUCAUUCAAUUAAACAGAUUAUCGAAGCGAUAUCAGUCGCAAAAGUUCUUAUUGGAAUGCAUGGAUCGCUGUUAGUUCUUUCAAUGUUCCUCCCCCCUGGAUCUCUUCUGUUGGAAUUAUUCCCUUACGCUGUUCCAGCAAGUGAUUACACCCCCUAUAAAAAUCUUGUUGAAAUCCCAGGGAUGAAUUUGAAUUAUAAAUCGUGGGAAAAUUCAAACCCUGCAAAGACAGUGACAUACCCUGACAGGGAACCCUGGGAAGGUGGAAUAAAUCACCUUGACAACGUCACACAAGAUAUAAUAAAAAGUUCACUGACAGUGCCACGGCAUCUAUGCUGCGAUAAUCCUCAUUGGUUAUACCGUAUCUACCAAGACACUUAUGUAAACACACAAGAAAUUCUAGAAAUAAUUAAACCCAAUAUGGAAGGUGAUAAUUCAAACAAUAAAGUUCACUCUUCACCAACAUAUAAUAGAUACAUUCCUGGACCAGUUCAGGAACUUCACUGUGACAGGAGAAACAAUAAAGUACACAUAACAAUUGAGCCACCUUGGCAGUUACAAUACCUCCCUCUCUCAACAAUAUUCAAGUAUGAACUUCAGAUUGAGACAAAAUCAUCAACUGGGAGUAAAUCAAUUGCCUAUAUCAUCACAAAAACUGAUUUUAGCAUACCAGAUUCUGACCCUACUGUUAAGUAUGAAAUAUGGGCCAGGGCUAUUAACUCUGAUAAUUUAAAGGGGCCAUAUUUCAGUAGAUCUUGUUAAAUAUUUUUUUGGGAACUACUAUAGUAGACCGAUAGUCUCUGCUUCAUCUACCAAAGGCAGGACAUUAUGAGCAGGGGUUUUACUAGAAUUUCUCACAACAGCCUAAAUAAAUGAAAACAACAGGCAAU